UUACGGCGCAGCUUUAACGGAGUAUGCGAUGGCCGCGACGGUCGCCCAGUCCCGUCGGACCCACUGGUUCCACUGGCCCCGUCGGGCCUGCUGGCGCCACUGGACAUGGAGAUCUGCCGCUCCCACCAUAAGAUAAAGUUUUUCUUAGGAACUAGAUCUUCUAUUAGUGUUUUGGGUCGAACUAGGUUUUAGGUGUAGGAUUUCCUAUACCUUCUGUAUCUUUUAUUAAGGUUUUGGGUCUACAGACCUUGAUGACAGGCCCCAGAUUGUACCGCUAAAUUUACAUGUUCUAUAUUAACUUUUUAGGAAGUUCAAUUAAUUUCUCAUGGCAUAAAUUGAUUCCUUUUUCUUCUUGUGUAGGUUUUAACUAAUUUAAUUUUAUUGGUCACUGAAUAUAAUGUCAAAAUUCAGUUAUGUACGUGAUAACGAAGUAUCAUCCUACACAAUGAAAAAUGCAUGUCAAGAUAUGCAGAAUUUGAUUUGCAUGUUGAUUGUUACAAGGGCAAACCAAUUAGUUUGAAUCUGAAUUUGAUCUGCAUGUUGAUUGUUACAGGGGCAAACCAAUUAGUUUGAAUCUGAAUAUAGAUAAGUUCUUGUGGGACUUCAUCCGUGCUUUUAUUUUUGAUUUGAAUCUUGUUCUCAGAUUAUUGGAUCCCACUUAUAUUGAAUCUGAGUAUAGAUAGGUUCUUUUAUAUGGAGUUCUAUAUCUUGAGUAGUGGAAUAUUGUCUUCCAUGGUGAUGUGACACCUAUUAGAAUGCUUUAUUCUCCGCAUUCUUAUAUCUAGUGUCAGAUGUAAGACACCAUUUUUGUUCCUUCUGCAUUGUGUUAAUUACAAAAUGCCAAAUGUACUAUGCUUAUAUUAUUUUCUAGGAUGCAUGAUUUGAAAGAUUUAUUUUUCUUGUUAGCUUUUUUAUAGAAGAAAUGGUGACACCUUUAGGUUUUAAUUAGAGCUACUUUUGAAGGAUUGUUGUUCUCAAUAGAUGGGCCACUAAAUUCCCUAUGAUUAGUGGUCGCAUUGCAUGCUUUCUAAAGGGUGUCUUAUCAAGAAACUCUUUUUGGGUGAGGUACUGCAAAUUGCAAUUUGCUUGAAGGUUCUUGGUCUCAAAGAAUUGGUCAUUUAGUGAGAUAAAGUUUCAAUUUUUAUGAGUGCAAAACAUCAAUGAUGCUUUUCCAAUUUAGUAUUAAGUCUCUGAGGCUCAAUUAAGAGUCUUUUAAUUUCAUAAGAAUAAUCACAAGGUAGGAGCUAGCUUCUGUCUUGCUAAGACUGAUCCUCUAGGUCUCCAAUUUUCUUAAUUGCGAUAUUCCAUUAUUUUUCCUCAUCAUUUACGAAGAUGGUUGGCUAAAGGAGAGUUGGGCUUCUACUCUCGUUUCUUCGAAAUCUAGGCAUGAAAGAUGAAACUACUCUAUAGCCUUUCCUUUUCCUUUCAAUGGGUGUUUGAAGGGUCCUUUUGGUUUUUUGUUGCUAAGGUUUAGGUUCAUAACUGAUGGGUUGGUUCUAUGUGAGGUGAGAGGCAGAUUGUUGCCGCUGUGAGAGAUCUGCUACUCCGCUGGGGAGCCAGAACCCACUAGUUGGGAUUAGGGAGUAUUAUUUUGCAUAGAAUCUCUAGGGGUCAUAAGUUUUUUACAAUCCAUUUCAAUCCUCUACAAUCCCUCAAUGGGUUAGAAGUUCUUGAAUUGGAUGAGACUCAUUGAUCAUCCUAGACUGGUAAAGCUGGAUUGGUUUGAUGGAUUUUGAACCUUUAGGUCAUGAAUGGCAAAACUUUCUCCCAAGAGACUGUUGAACUUCCACUCUAUUCAAAUUAAUUUUCUUUGACUGAUUCCACCUAAGGGUUUCAUCCAUCUUUGACAGAUUGACUAUACUCUGGACGGAAUGUGUACCAGAUGGGAGGAUUGUUCAUUCAAUCUGGAAAUGUACCAACAGCAUCUUAUGAUCCAUUAGCAAUGAAUUGCCAGUGGAUGUUCUUGCUAAAUUUAGGAACAAUUGCUGUCUAGCAUUGCAUUUCACUGAACGAUAGUAGUGCCGUUUAACUUUCUAUGGACAAGACAAUUAUGACUUCAGAUCAAUAUGGAAUUCUGAAAAUAAUAUCAACUCCAAAAGAAUUCCUGGCCAGAGAAACAAGCGAUGGCAUGAUGGUAAAUGUAGUUGAGGGACUCAAACUUCAUGAGAAUUUUCUGGAUAGCUCAGAAGUCACUGAACUUGUUUCAUUAGCUAAUGAAAUGAGAGCUGCUGGUCACAGAGGAGAACUUCCAGGGCAAACACUUGUAACACUGAAAAGACCGUUGAAGGGGCAUGGUAGAGAGAUGAUUCAGCUAGGCGUUCUCAUUAACGAAGAACCUAUAGAAGAUGGAAAUACAAUUCUGACCUCUGAAGUGAGGAAGAUAGAGGCCAUUCCUAGCCUGCUUGAUAGUAUCUUUGACUGCUUGGUUCAGCUGCAAGUUUUGCCAGUGAAACCUGAUUUUUGCUUGAUUGACUUUUUCCAUGAGGGGGAUUAUUCACUACCUCACACAUGACCAUCUUGGUAUGGUAGGCCACUUUGUAAUUUAUUUUUGACUGAUUGUGACAUUGUAUAUGGCCGAACAAUGGGCUCAGAUCAUAGGGGAGACUACAAUGGUUCUCUGAAGCUCAACAUCACACCAGGAGACCAUGAUCCAGAGUACUUAACCGUACACUCGAGGCAUGAUGGCGUGAUAUAGUCCUUGGUCAGUGUUUAUUAUGUCUUCCAUCGUCGAGGGCUGAUAGUCUGUACGUCAGAUGAGUUGCCCUAUGCGAAAUUGCUUCUUGUUACAAUAACUAAUGGGGUUAUACAGGGUGAAAUGUGUAAGAGAAGGCGGUGUUCUCUUUACCAUCGAUGGCAAGGGAUUCUUCUACAAUGUGCUGAUCAGUAAUGUUGCAGGUGCAGGUGACAUUGUUGCUGUGAAGAUCAAGGGGUUGGCAACUGGAUGGCUUCAUAUGGGUCGAACUUGGGGCCAAAAUUGGCACAUUUGAGGUCUCUAGCAGUGAUGGUGUUACUCUCACGUAAGAAUUGGGCUUUUGGCAAGACUUUUGAGGGCAAGCAAUUCCCAUUCUGAAUAUAAAUAUCCAUUGUUUUCCUUCUUGUACUUGUAUUUUGUCUGUACAUAUUUGAGAACCAAGUUACCAAUGGAGAAAUCCAAUUUUCUUUUAGUACCUAUAUAUGUCUGUAUUCAGCUCCAGUGUUCUUCUCCACUUUUCAUUGCAGUUAUUUAAACUUC